GCUACCCCCACCACCCCGCCGCCCGCGCACCAACGCCCGCCCAAUAAAUCCCCCGCCCUCCGCGCCCGUCGCCGCACUGCAACCCUAGUCGCCCUCCCAGCCGCCGCCGCCGCCAUGGUGAGCGCCGAGGCCGGCAUCGAGCGCGUGCUGUGGACGGAGGCCGAGGUGGCCGCCCGCGUGGGCGAGGUCGCCACCGAGCUCGCGGCCGACCUGCGCGCGUUGCCGGAGCCCGCGGUCGUCGUCGGCGUCGCCACGGGCGCGUUCCUCUUCCUCGCCGACCUCGUCCGCCGCGUCGACGCGCCGCUCGCCGUCGACUUCGUGCGCGUCGAGUCCUACGGCGGAGGGACCGAGUCCAGCGGGAAGCCCCGCAUCACGGCCGACCUCAAGGUCGACGUCGCCGGGAAGCACGUCGUCGUGGUUGAAGAUAUUGUGGACACAGGGAAUACUCUCUCAUGCCUCAUUGCUCAUUUAGAAAAGAAAGGUGCAUCGUCCAUAUCAGUUUGCACUUUCCUUGACAAACCAGCUAGAAGAAAAGUUAAUAUUCAGCUUGUGGGGGAUGGAAAAUUCUACAGUGGCUUUGAGUGCCCAGACUGUUUUGUUGUUGGCUAUGGUUUGGUAUGCGGAGCUCUACCGCAACCUGCCUUAUGUCGGUGUUCUCAAGCCUGAGAUGUACAAAAAGGAUUCAAGCAAUUAGACUGGAGCCUGCAUUUGCACCGCGUGCAAGAGGAAAGAUUUACAAAUGAUACAAGCAUCGCAGUUUUGCUUAACUUUGUACAAGAAAGAAGCAGAAAGCCUGCUAAUUUACUUUUUUCUCCUUCUAAGCUCAGGAAAACUGCAGCUUCCUAAAUUUCAGUGGCGUAACAGUACGUAUCACUGCUGGCUUUGUUUGUCACCACAACGCAACUCUGAAGGGAAAGAUGUGGUUGUAUGACAUGUUAAAUCUUCGGUUUACAAGCCAAACAGCUUAUCUCGUAGUGAGCUGCGUCUUUGAAGUUA